GUUGUUUGGUUGCAUUCUCUAACAUCGGGCAACUCUGUUCUUCGCUUGUCUACCGAAUCCAGUUGAUACGAUUCGCCAUAUUGUUUUUUUUCGCUGCUAGCAAAUGUAUGUUGUGCCUAUUGAAUGUAGUGUGGCAUUUGUAUGCACCGACGACAGUCGAACAUAUUAUGUUUGUGUAGACGAUCCGCACAAAAACGCGAAAAAGCUGAUUUUUUCAAAAAAACAAUUAAUGAAUUUUUCUCCACAUUUCAUAGAUUCAUUAAACUGAAAGUUGUUUGUUAAACUUUUGUAACUGUACAAAAUUCGAUCGGUGGUCUACGGAGAAUAUUGCAAAUAUCAAUAGUACCGAAUAGAGAUCUUUCAGAAGAGAGAGAGAGAGAGAGAGAGAGAGAAAAAGAAAAAUAAGAAGAAGAAGAAGAAACGAAAAAUUGUGUGCAUGAAUUGUUGGCCGUUGCCCAUAAAAUAAGUGAAUAUAAUUGUGUAUUUAAUUACCUCAGAAAGGUGUGUGUUCGAUUUGUGUGAGUGUGUUGUGAUAGAAACGAAGGGACACACGUAAAAGUUUUCGAACCGGAAUUUGUAUCUGCCGGUCACAUAAACACCAAUCAAAGAAGCCAAUCAAUAAUUAAUUACUGGUCCCCAUGGCAUCGGACGACGAAAAUGAGGAAUCCUUUGCUGCCGAAGAAGAAGACCAACAGGAAGAAGAGGAGCAGCGAGGUGAUGGUUCGGGCGAUUCUGACGAAAACUUGGCGAAAAUAGCUGCAAAUGUGGGGGAUGAUGAUGACGACUAUGAGCCCGAACAUGGUACAAAACGUAAGAAGGGCAAAAAACGAAAAGCAAAAUCAGACAAAAAUCGUAAGAAGAAAAAGCGAAAGAAGAAUGGAAGUGGAGAGGAUAGCGAUUUUGUUGCGCCAGCGCCAGAUGACACAGUUGACUCAGAUUAUGCAUCGUCCAAAAAAGGCCGUAGCAAAAAGAAAGAAGAGAAAAAAGAGUCGUCGAAAGCAUCAAGCAGUGGAACCGUUGAUUCAAGUAUGCCUACAAUCGAAGAAGUUUGCAAUUCUUUCGAUUUAACUGAUGUCGAUAUCGAGUUCACUGACGACGAUUUCCAAACAUUGACCACAUACAAAUUGUUUCAACAGCAUGUACGACCGAUUUUACAAAAAGAAAAUCCAAAAGUACCAAUGUCGAAGUUAAUGAUGUUGGUCGCGGCAAAAUGGCGAGAAUUCUCCGAAUCGAAUCCACAUUUACAAGAAGAAGCAAAGGAAGACGACGAAUCGCCACCGCGAUCACCUGAAUAUACACCAAAGCCAAGUAGAUCACGUUCAUCAAAAUCGGCCGCUCCUGAGAAAGUAGAUGAUUAUGACGACGAAGAUGAAGAUGAAGAUGAGCCGGAGGUCAAAUCGAAACGGAGCAAACGAAGCAGCCGCAGCGCUAGCAAGCGUCGAAAGCAAGGAAAAGUACCGACGCUGAAAAUCAAAUUCGGUAAACGAAAACAAGGAAGCUCCGAUGAAGAUGGCGAGAUGAGUGAGCGCUCAGAACGGGAUUCGGAUCUGGAAUUUGAGAAAAUGUUACAAAAAUCAGAUGAAAAACAGGAACGGGAGAGCGAAGAGAAAUCAAAGAGUAACGACGAUGCUUCAAAUGAGCCAAUCGUGAAGAAGAAGGCCAAAACCAAAAUCGGCAUGAAGAAUAAAAAGAAGAAGAAAACCAAAACCACUAACCGUUUCCCGGAGGGCGAUGAUGGCGAGCAUGAGCAUCAAGACUACUGCGAAGUGUGUCAACAAGGUGGCGAGAUCAUUCUAUGUGACACAUGCCCGAAAGCUUAUCAUUUGGUGUGUUUGGAGCCAGAAUUAGAUGAGGCACCAGAAGGGAAAUGGUCAUGUCCAGCAUGUGAGGCUGAGGGUCCCAUCGAACAAGAAGAUGAAGAUGACGAGCAUCAAGAGUUUUGCCGCGUUUGUAAGGAUGGCGGUGAAUUGUUGUGCUGUGAUUCGUGUCCAUCAGCAUAUCACACAUUCUGCUUGCGACCUCCGCUGUACGAGAUUCCCGACGGCGAUUGGCGUUGUCCCCGAUGUAGUUGUCCCACGUUGCCGGCAAAGAUUCAGCGAAUCAUUACGUGGCGAUGGAAGGAAGUUCCUGUUGAGGGCGAAGCAUCAACAUCGAAGAAACCGCAAGUGCGCCGAGAACGUGAAUUUUUCGUCAAAUGGCAAGAGCAAUCUUAUUGGCAUUGCGAUUGGGUUACUGAACUACAAUUGGAUGUAUUUCAUCCACUCAUGUUCCGUUCGUAUAUUCGAAAAUAUGAUAUGGAGGAGCCACCAAAGCUUGAAGAGGCUUUAGAAGAAGCCGAUAAUCGAUACAAGCGCAUCCAAAUGCACAAGGCUGAAGGAUCCGAAGUUGAUGAAAAUGCUUUGGAAGAGAAAUACUACCGGUAUGGUGUGAAACCGGAAUGGUUGAUGGUGCAUCGCGUUAUUAAUCAUCGUACCAUGCGCGAUGGUACCAUUUUGUAUUUGGUUAAAUGGCGUGAAUUACCGUACGAUCAGAGUACCUGGGAAGAGGAUAAUGAUGAAAUUCCAGGACUAAAGGCAGCCAUUGAAUACUACAUGGAUUUGCGUGCGGCUUUAACUAGUGACGGUUCUUCACGCAAAAAAGGAAAGAAAGGACGUAAGAGCCGAAAUCGGGACUUGGAUGAUGAUGACAAGCCGUACAAACGUUACACGCCACCACUCGAGAAGCCGGUCACUGAUUUAAAGAAGAAAUUAGAAAUUCAACCACAAUAUUUGAAUGACACUGGUAUGCAACUGCAUCCAUAUCAGUUGGAAGGAAUCAACUGGUUGCGCUACUCAUGGGCCAAUGGAAUCGAUACAAUUUUAGCAGAUGAAAUGGGUUUGGGAAAGACCAUUCAAACGGCGACAUUUUUGUAUUCGCUGUACAAGGAGGGGCACUGCAAAGGUCCAUUUUUGAUAGCCGUACCAUUGUCGACACUCAUCAAUUGGGAGAGAGAGUUCGAAUUAUGGGCACCCGAUUUCUACUGCAUCACGUACGUGGGUGACAAGGAUUCUCGCGCCAUUAUUCGCGAAAAUGAAUUGUCAUUCGAAGAAGGUGCCGUUCGAGGCGGUGCACGACCAUCAAAAUUGCGUUCAAACAAUGUCAAAUUCAAUGUUUUGCUCACGAGCUACGAAUUGAUUUCAAUCGAUCAAAGUUGCCUUGGAUCUAUCGACUGGGCAAUGCUUGUAGUUGAUGAAGCACAUCGUCUCAAGAGCAACCAGAGCAAAUUCUUUAAAUGCUUGGCUACAUACAACAUCGCUUACAAACUUCUAUUGACCGGUACGCCGUUGCAAAACAAUCUUGAAGAGCUGUUCCAUUUAUUGAACUUCUUGAACAAAAACAAGUUCAACGAUUUGGCAGAGUUUCAGAGCGAAUUCGCCGAUGUGGCAAAGGAAGAGCAAGUUAAACGGUUGCAUGAAAUGUUGGGGCCACAUAUGUUGCGCCGGUUGAAAGCAGACGUGCUGAAGAACAUGCCAUCGAAAUCGGAAUUCAUUGUGCGUGUCGAAUUGUCGCCACUGCAGAAAAAAUACUACAAAUACAUAUUGACCAAAAAUUUUGAAGCUUUGAACCCGAAAACCGGUGGUAGUGCAUGUUCACUACUUAACAUCAUGAUGGAUUUGAAGAAGUGUUGUAAUCAUCCGUACUUGUUCACCGCUGCAGCCGAAGAGGCUCCUCUCGGACCGGGUGGUGGUUAUGCUAUUGAUCCGUUGACAAAAGCAGCCGGAAAACUGGUUUUACUCGCAAAGAUGUUGAAGCUGUUGAAGGAGCAGGGCCAUCGUGUGUUGAUCUUCUCGCAAAUGACAAAAAUGUUGGACAUUCUGGAGGACUUUCUGGAUGGCGAAGGCUAUAAAUAUGAACGAAUCGAUGGAACCAUUACUGGAAAUGUUCGUCAAGAAGCAAUCGAUCGUUUCAAUGCACCUGGUGCUCAACAGUUUGUGUUCUUGCUGUCGACUCGAGCUGGUGGACUUGGUAUUAACUUGGCUACAGCCGACACAGUUAUUAUCUACGAUUCAGAUUGGAAUCCGCACAACGAUAUCCAGGCAUUUUCACGUGCGCAUCGUAUUGGACAGGCAAACAAAGUGAUGAUUUAUCGAUUCGUUACCAGAAACUCGGUCGAAGAACGUGUAACGCAGGUGGCAAAACGCAAAAUGAUGUUAACCCAUCUGGUUGUACGGCCUGGCAUGGGUGGCAAAGGAGCUAAUUUCACCAAACAAGAAAUGGACGACAUUUUGAAAUUCGGAACGGAAGAAUUAUUCAAAGAAGAUGAGAACGGAGAAGACUCACAAGCUAUUCACUACGACGAUAAGGCUGUCGCUGAAUUGCUGGAUCGAUCGAAUCGCGGUUUGGAAGAGAAAGAAAGUUGGGCAAAUGAGUAUUUGUCCUCGUUUAAGGUGGCCUCAUACGCAACAAAAGAUGAAAACGAAGACCAAGAAGAGCGUGAAGUUAUCAAGCAAGAGGCUGAAAACUCCGAUCCUGCCUAUUGGGUCAAACUCUUGCGCCACCAUUAUGAACAGCAGCAAGAAGACAUUGGACGAGCCUUGGGUAAAGGAAAACGUGUUCGCAAACAGGUCAAUUACACUGAUGGUGGUGUGGUUGCAGCCGAACCGCGUGACGAUUCAAAUUGGCAAGAAAGUGGAACCGACUAUAAUUCCGACUAUUCUGGUGGAAGUGGUGAAGAUAAUGAGGACGAUGACUUUGAUGAACGCAAUGAAAAUGGGGAUCUAUCGCGGCGCAGCAGACGUCGUCUUGAGCGUAAAGAAGAUCGAGAUCGUCCACUGCCACCGCUAUUAGCCCGUGUCGGUGGAAAUAUCGAAGUUUUGGGAUUCAAUACGCGUCAACGAAAGAGCUUCUUGAACGCAAUUAUGCGCUAUGGAAUGCCACCGCAAGACGCAUUCAAUUCGCAAUGGCUUGUGCGAGAUUUGCGAGGAAAAUCUGAACGGAACUUUAAGGCAUAUGUAUCACUGUUCAUGCGCCAUUUAUGUGAGCCAGGGGCUGACAAUGCCGAAACAUUUGCCGAUGGUGUGCCACGCGAAGGUCUAUCUAGACAACACGUACUCACACGUAUUGGUGUAAUGUCAUUAAUUCGUAAAAAGGUUCAGGAAUUCGAGCACAUAAACGGCUUCUAUAGCAUGCCGGAGCUAAUUCGCAAAACGAAUUUAGAACAGCAAAAAACGAAAGAUGCUCAACAACAAGGUGACCGAAGUGAGACAACUAGUGCAAGUGCCAGUGCUGCACCAAGCCCUGCUCCAAACGAUGACGGCGAACGGGUUACAGAUGAUAAGGAGAAAAUUGAAAAAGAUAAGAAACCAGAUGAAGAUGAGAGAACAUCUGCGGAAAGUACAUCCACUGCUGAGGACGUAGAUACGAAACCGGUUGUCAAAGAGGAAUCCGAUCGAAAUGGCACCGAAUCAAAUCCUGAAUCCAACAGAGAGAAAGAAGAAAAGAAAGAAAAUGUAGAGGAAAAUGUAGAGAGUAGCAGUUCUGAAGUCGCUGUUGAUUUGAAAGUUGAAAAGAUUAAGGAAGAAGCGAAAGAAAAGGAGAAAGAGGAAGAAAAGAAGGAAAAACAAUCGGUGGCAUCUGUCGAUGAUGAUGACGAUGUCGUCAUUGUGAAGGACGAUGAAGAUGAGAAGAAAGAAACGAAAUCCGAAGGAAAUUUGGAAGUGCACAAACGUAACUUUAUGUUCAACAUUGCGGAUGGAGGUUUUACCGAGUUGCAUACUCUUUGGUUGAAUGAAGAGAAAGCGGCUGUUCCGGGUCGAGAAUACGAGAUCUGGCACAGACGACAUGACUACUGGCUACUCGCUGGCAUCGUCACACAUGGCUAUGGCCGUUGGCAGGACAUUCAAAACGACAUCCGUUUUGCAAUCAUAAACGAGCCAUUCAAAAUGGACGUGGGAAAAGGGAACUUCCUGGAAAUCAAAAAUAAGUUCUUGGCACGCCGAUUCAAACUAUUGGAACAAGCGCUAGUGAUUGAAGAACAGUUACGUCGUGCCGCCUAUUUGAACUUGGCCCAAGAUCCAAAUCAUCCGGCAAUGUCACUUAAUUCGCGUUUCGCCGAAGUUGAAUGCUUGGCCGAAUCACAUCAACAUUUGAGCAAAGAAUCAUUGGCCGGCAACAAACCGGCAAAUGCAGUAUUGCACAAAGUAUUGAAUCAGCUUGAAGAGCUGCUGAGCGAUAUGAAGAGUGAUGUAUCACGUUUACCAGCCACAUUGGCCCGAAUACCACCUGUAGCACAACGUCUACAAAUGUCGGAGCGCUCAAUUCUUUCACGUUUGGCGGCCACUGCUGGAAAUACCAACAAUGCAGUACCACAAAUACCACAAUUUCCACCUGGUUUUCAAGGAACAUCGUUGGCACAUUUCGCUGGCAAUACCGGUAAUUUUGCGACAUUCAGACCACAAUUUUCUGUACCUGGCCAAUCGACUGGAUCAAAUUUCAACGCUACGCAGUAAUUCAUGACCGAACCCGAAGCAUAAAGUGAAGACAACGAUCCAGAUAUUCGAUCAGCGAAUAUAAUUUAAAUCUGCUAAUCAUCUAUUUUGAAUUCCACACUAUACGAUUUUUUUUCUAAUUUUUAUUUGCUAGGAUACAAUUAAUUUUAAGCUACUAAAACAAUUAAAUGCAUCUCUAAAAGUGUGUUUCAUUCAAUAUAAACAACACUGAAAACA